AUGAGCUUACCAUUCUCAUCAGAGCCUCUCAGAGGUACAGUACCUCUCACUGUACCUGUAGUCAUCGCCUCACCAACCCCCGAACAUGGGGAUGAGCAUGGCAUGGCAGCAGCCUGUGGCCUGGUGAACGAGCCCACCCAUCACCCGACGGCAACACCCAUCACAACGGACGCGCGCCUUGCAAACGCGAAAUUGACGCGAUCGAAUGCGGUGCUGUCAGGCCUGUCAGGCGCCGUCGGCGUCGGCGAUCUGACACUGGACACUUCUCUACGACGACGUAUACACUUGACAGUUCCCGGAGGCGUGUUCGAUGUUGUUGCUGCUGCUGCCAACUGCUGCUGCUGCUGA